CCCCUUCCUUAUUUUUACUUAUCCAAACAAAAUUAACACAAAUCAUUUCCUUCUAUUUUCUUCCCUUCCCUUUCUUUUCCUCCCCCUCCAUGUCCUUUUAUUUUCCUCCAUUCCCCUCCCUUCCCUUCCCUUUACUAUUUUCUAUCCAAACAAGGGCUUAAUAGUAGACAUAACCAUAGCUAUACGUCUAUAGCCUUUUUGUUGGCCAGAAAAAAUGAAAAAGAUGCAAUAGUUGUAUGUAAAUGACAACGAAGACCGAAGGUGCUGUGGAUAAGAUCCUGGAACAAUUGGAAGAUCGUGUGGUAAAAACAAUUUUUCUCACUGGGGAAGCUGGAGUGGGGAAAACAUGGAUGGCAAAGGCAGUAAGUGAGGCUGCAGUAAAGAGAGGAUCAUGCUAUGCGACCGUUUGGAUUCUUUUAGACCAAAAGCAUGAUAGGGAUUCGCUUUAUGCUGACAUUGCCCGUCAGUUCUCUCUCCUCAUCAGUACAGAUGAGUGGGAAGAUUAUGCCGACGUUAAGAAAGAGGAGGAAAAUUCAGAGGAAGACAAAAUGGAAGACGAGAUUGUGGUAGGCUUGAAGAAAAUACGAGAAAAGCAUGAAGAAAAGGCUACAACUAGCAAGAAGUAUCUUCUGUGGGUUCUGGAUGAAGGAAAUAAAAAGGAAAGAUCUGACCUGUUGUCAGUUCAGGCCAACGGUGAAAGGAAUGAAAUGAAAAAAUCUGAUUGCCAGUUGCUUUUGGAAGAAGUUCUUGGCUGGGAUUAUUCCAAGGUUCUGAUAGCAAGAAGGAAAAGUGAGGAUACUACAGUUAAUAUUAUUGAACCCCUUUUGGGGAAAGCUGGUAGUACUGAAAGAACAAGAGUAAACACUAUCGAACCUCUUCUGGGGAAGGAGGCAUCAAAAUUGUUAAAAGAUCGUGUUGGGAAAAAUGUUUCUUCUUCUCCUGGUUUCCUGGAAUUACUCAAGGCCAUCAAAGGAUGGGAAAAAGGUGUUUUACCGGCUGAUGUUAUUAUGAUAUCAGGAGCAAUAAAUUGCCUUGCAGAAAAGGAAGCUACAAUCUCAGAAAAAUUGAAGGCUGCCUUGAAUGCAGCUGUUAAUGGUCUAAAAACAUUACAGCAGAGGGGAUUUACAGAACGUUAUUAUGGGGUUUUCAAUUUUGAAGCUGCCUUGAAUGAAGCAGCUAAAGGUCAGACAGAGUUGCAGCAUAGUGGACUUACAAAAGAUGACUUGGAGGUUGGUUUGAAUGCAGCAAAUGAUCUGAAGCAAUUGUCACACUGUGUAAUUGAGGAGUUCAGCGAACAUGAGGAGUUCAGAGCCAAUCAUAUGAUAGACUGCUUUUGGCUUAGCCGGGACUUCUUUCACAAAAGCAUUGGUAGUGUUCAUUAUAAUGAGUUGAUCACUUAUUGGAUAUUAGAAGGCUGUUUUGAUCCAGUUGAUCAUUUGGAAAAGGCUUACGACCAGGGGCACUAUGUCUUAAUGAAGCUUAUAGAUUUUGGCAUGCUAAGGAUGCAGGAUGACAAUGCCAUUUUUAUGGAAGGAUUGACCCUCAACAUCAAGGAUGAACGCUGCUAUGGAGUUUCUGCAACAGCCAACCUGAGACUGGCUACUUCUAUGUUUGAAACUGAGAAGUGGGAAGGUUUUGGAAGGGUUGCCCCUUCUGAUGGUAUGAUAAAAACACUGAGAGUUGGUGAAGAGGAGAAACUGGUUUCCACCCUGCUGGUUAAUGGAAGCCGCCUAUGCAAGGAAAUUCCUAAAGUUUUCUUUCGGGCAACCCACAAACUUCAAGUUCUAGGCAUCUUUGAUUCUAUGAUACAAGGUCACCCUUUCUCCGAAUCUGAAACCAAGGCAAACACUGAAGUGGCUGAAAAAAGAGUGAAUGAAGCCCUGGCAGAAGUGCAGGUUCUGGUGCUCAGACGCUGUGAUAUAUUGAUGGGCUUCAAUCUUGUUAAAAAACUCAACCAACUAACAGCUCUUGAGAUAUCUGGUGCUACUUGCUUGAAGGAGAUUCCGGAUGACCUCUUUCAGGACAUAGCUCGACUGCAAAGCCUCAACCUGUCUCGACUUCCACAAAUUGAGUCAUUGCCAUCUACUCUUUCCAACUUAACUGAACUUCGCAGGCUUAUUCUCAGACGGUGUUCUUGCCUGCAAACUGUGCCAUCAGUAAGAGAUCUCACUCAUCUUGAGGUACUUGAUUUUUCUGAAUGUGUUUCUCUGGAAAAGAUGGCUGACAUGAGUUUGCAAGCACUUGAAGAACUUCAAAUUCUCAAUUUAUCCCGAACCAAACUCCAGAGAAUGCCAAUUGUUAGAUGCCUGAAAAACCUUACACGGCUCCUAUUAAAAGGAUGUGAUAACUUAGGUUCCCUUCGCCUACUAAAAGAUUUAUCUGGUCUCAAAUUUCUGGAUCUUUCUGGUAUCAGAAAGAUAAAGGAAAUGCACGAUGACUGCUUUCAGGGCACGGACAACCUUGAAGUUCUUGAUCUAUCAAAAACUGAGGUCAAAGUUUUUCCUCCCCAUUUCUGCACCCCUCGUGUGCUUAAGCUGAAAGAUUGCUUUAAUCUCGAAAUGCUUCCCCACAUGACAGAACGCUUAGAGUCUCUUGAUCUUUCCAAUGCUUCCAGUCUGGAGUCUUUUGAUGAUAAAUCCUUCAGCCACCUCAAGAACCUUCACCAUCUGAACCUCUCAAAAACCAAAGUAAAAGAGCUUCCAUCCCUUGAGGGUCUUGACAAGCUGGAGGACCUUUUCCUUGAGGGCUGUUCAUCAUUAGAAAUUCCGCCAAAGAUGAAAGGACUUUCUGGACUAAAAGUAUUUAAGCUCUCAGGUUGUAAGACACUGCAAAGCCUUCCUUUUUUAACUGAUCUUCAGAACCUGGAGGAUCUUGUUAUUUCAGCUUGUGAAGCUGUGUCAGAAAUACCAGAUAACUACUUUGAGUGCCUCACUCAACUUCAGAAACUCAGCCUAUCAGGCUGUAAGAAGCUCAUAAAGUUACCUCGCUUAAGAGGACUUCAAAACCUGAAGGAUCUUGACCUUUCAGGUUGUGAAGCUCUGUCAAAAAUACUAGAUAACUCCUUUGAGCACAUGACCCAGCUUGAGAAACUCAACUUCUCUGGAACUCAGAUCAAUUCCUUACCAUCUCUGUUCAAGCCUAGUAAACUCCAUGCCCUUGUUCUAAGAAACUGCAAGAACCUAAAUGAGCUUCCAGAUUUGAAAUCCUUACCAAAACUACGGACACUGGACCUAUUUGGUGCAACCAAUUUGAGUGAAGUCGAGACUGGAUCCUUGAAUCAUUUGACUCAGCUUCAAGUUUUGGGGCUAUCCACUAUCACGGCAGAGAAGUUUCCAUCCGUUUCCAUCCUCACCAACCUCAAAGGACUUUCACUAAAUGGUUGUCCAGAAAUCAAAAAGGAAUCAUGGAAAGCUCUUACAGGGCUGGAGGUGCUUGAACUUUCAGGGACUGGAAUUACAAAUCUUCCAGAUGAAUUUUCAGAGAUGGUUCUUUUAAGGCGCCUUCAUCUGCCAGACUUGAAGCUUCUUCAAGAGUUUGGGUGGGAGAAAGUAAAACGGCUACCAGGAGACCUAGACUGGGACGAAUGCAAUAUUCCUGACAAGGAUGCUCCUCCUGGUAAGCCUUUCUUGAUAGUGCAUGGUACAGGAUUCUUCAAACGAUUGAAGGAUCGCAGUCUACUGGAUAAUAUUCCAAAGCUCUUCAAGCAAGUAGUCUUUUCUGUUUACUCUUCUAAAAUGCAAGCCAAAGACAUUGAUUAUCAUCAGCACAACUUCUCUGAUGUCCAUUUCCAGAUUAGAGAUUUUCCACAGCAUGAACAGAGGCAAUGUUUAGAAAUCCAGGGAUUUGAUGAAUAUCCAACUGGCAUUGAAGAUGUUCUCAAGCAAGCUGAACGCAUCUCAUUGGUUGAAAAUAAAUUUUUGAGUUUCAUCUCUGAUUUACAUUCAGAGAACUUGAAGAGCAUGAAAAGCUGUUGGCUAGAGAGGUGUACGGAGGUGAAGAGCAUUUAUGAAGUGCCAAAUGCAUAUUUGAAACCGGAGAAAAGACUUGAAGCGGAGGAAAAAAUGGAAUUUGCAGAAAACUUGGAGAUCCUACGGAUUUCAAGCUUACCAAAAUUGAGGAGUUUCUAUGAGGGGAAGGUGCAGUGCUUCAAGAAUCUGAAAGAAUUGUAUAUUGAUUACUGCCCUAUGCUUGAAACUGUUUUCUCUUCUAAUCAGGUUCUGGAAAACCUCGAAACCCUCCAAAUCAAAUUUUGUGGGAUCCUGAAGACAGUAUUUGGACAGAGUAAAGCACCGGAUGGGAGUGUGCAGUUUGCAAGUGCAAGUAAGCUGAAGCAUCUAUAUAUAUGCCACUGUCCAGUGCUUGAAACAGUUUUCUCUUCACCCCUGCUUCCAAAAGAACUUGAAACUGUGAAAAUAAAGUUUUGUGAUAAGCUGCAGAGUGUGUUUGGAAAUGAGGAAUCGGCCUACUCUGACUUAUUGAAGGUAAGCAAAUUGUAUCUGUCAGAACUGCCAGAGUUAAGAACCAUUGGCGUUAAGUUGCUGAACUGUGUACCACCAGUGUGGGAAGUUAUCAACUGCACAAAACUGCAAAGGACAGAGAAUUCCGAACCAAGAAAUGCAUCAGAGGAAAUUACUGUUGUUGGUGAUCAUUGAGUAAGAAGAAAAAGGCUUAUACAGACUUUCACGAGCUGGAGAUACCUAUAAGGCUAUAACUGGAGACGUGGUUUUAAUCUAUUCAAAAUGAACAGAAGAUAAAGGC